UUUUCUUUUCUUUUUUUUCCACGCGGGUGGGCAAUAGCGAAGGCGGCCCCAGGGAGGCGGCGGCGGCGAUAGCGGCGGCAGCAGCAGCAGCAGCGCUGAGGGACGGAGCGACGGGGGAUGCGAGGCCCGGAAUCUCCCACAAAGUUAAAUACAUGACUGUAAGAAAGAAGAAAUCUAUAUUGAUAGACUGUACUAUCAAAAACCUUCUCUUCAGUUUGCAAAGCCUUCAGCUUUUCUCUAUGCCAUGUUGUGUGACUGUUGUCCCAUGAGGAAUUUGUCUUCAUGAAGAUUCCUAAUAUUGGUAAUGUGAUGAAUAAAUUUGAGAUCCUUGGGGUUGUUGGUGAAGGAGCCUAUGGAGUUGUUCUUAAGUGCAGGCACAAGGAAACACAUGAAAUUGUGGCCAUUAAGAAGUUCAAAGACAGUGAAGAAAAUGAAGAGGUCAAAGAAACUACUUUACGAGAACUUAAAAUGCUCCGUACUUUGAAACAGGAAAACAUAGUUGAGCUGAAAGAAGCUUUCAGAAGAAGAGGAAAACUAUAUUUGGUGUUUGAAUAUGUAGAAAAAAAUAUGCUUGAAUUGCUAGAAGAAAUGCCAAAUGGAGUUACACCUGAAAAAGUAAAAAGCUAUAUUUAUCAACUAAUAAAAGCAAUUCAUUGGUGUCAUAAAAAUGAUAUUGUUCAUAGAGAUAUCAAGCCAGAGAAUCUCUUAAUAAGCCACAAUGAUAUUUUGAAAUUGUGUGACUUUGGAUUUGCACGGAAUUUAUCAGAAGGGAGCAAUGCUAACUACACAGAAUAUGUGGCCACCAGGUGGUAUCGUUCACCUGAACUUUUGCUUGGAGCCCCAUAUGGCAAGUCUGUAGAUAUGUGGUCAGUAGGCUGUAUUCUUGGGGAACUUAGUGACGGACAGCCCUUGUUUCCUGGCGAAAGUGAAAUUGACCAACUUUUUACAAUUCAGAAGGUGCUAGGACCACUUCCUCCAGAGCAAAUGAAGCUUUUCUACAGCAAUCCCCGUUUCCAUGGGCUGCGGUUUCCUGCAGUUAACCAUCCACAGUCUUUGGAAAGGAGAUAUUUAGGAAUCUUAAGUGGUGUUUUACUUGACCUUAUGAAGAACUUACUGAAACUGGAUCCAGCUGACAGAUACUUAACAGAGCAGUGUCUGAACCACCCAGCAUUUCAAACUCAGAGGCUCUUGGAUCGUUCACCUUCACGGUCAACUAAAAGAAAACCUUACCAUGGAGAUAGUAACACCUUAUCCAACAGAACUCAAGCUAGCAAAAGUACUGCUGUACAGUCUCAUCACAGAUCAAACAGCAAAGAUAUACAGAAUGUAGGAGUUGGAUUGCAGAGAGAAGAGGUUCUUCCAUCAAACGAAAGCUUUCUAAAUGGAAAUCUGCCUGUUGCUGCUCAUAGCCCAAUGCUUUCAAAGAAGCCAGCUAACCCUCCUGGAUCUGGAAGCAAGGAUCUAGCUAAUAACAACAUCCCACACCUCCUCAGUCCAAAAGAAGCGAAGACAAAAACUGAAUUUGAUUUUAAUUCGGAUCCCAAAGCAUCUGAUGGUCCAGGUACAAAAUACUUGAAGUCAAAUUCCAGAUCUCAGCACAACCGCCACUCAUUUAUGGAGAGUUCUCAGAGCAAAACUGGCACGCUGCAACCAGGCGAAAGGCAUAGCCGUCACAGUUACAUUGAUACUAUUCCUCAGUCUUCAAAGAGUCCCUCAUAUCGAACAAAGUCAAAAAGUCAUGGGGCUCUGACAGAUUCCAAAUCAGUGGGUAAUCUUUCCGAGGCCAGGGUUCAAGUUGCAGAACCAAACAACAGUAGGUAUUUUCCAUCCAGCUGUUUGGACUUGAACUCUCCUACCACACCAACACCUCCACGCCAUGCUGACAACAGGACUUUGCUUAGUCCUUCUUCAAGAAAUAACAGAAGUGACGGUACACUUGAAUCGCGAAGACCAUCUACAAGACAUUCCAAAACUAUGGAGGAGCUGAAAUUGCCAGAUCACAUGGAUGGAAGCCAUUCACACUCUUUGUCUGCUCCCCAUGAAUCUUUUUCUUACGGUUUAGGUUAUACAAGUCCCUUUUCUUCACAGCAGCGCCCUCAUAGACAUUCUAUGUAUGUGAGCCGGGACAGAGUGAGGACCAAGGGCUCAGAGGGUGGCUUAAGCGUAGGGCAAGGGAUGGCAGCCAGAGCAAACAGCCUGCAACUAUUAUCUCCACAGGUGCAGCAUAAGUCACUCACAAGAUCUGUUGGCUCCUCUCGUGAAGACUGUACAGAAGAUACCAGUAGGGGUGGAGCGUAUCAUGAUCAGCACACAGAUGAUGGAGCAUCCACAAAAGAAAAUAGACUUCUGUAUAAUGAUCCUGUACCUAGGAGAGUUGGUAGCUUUUACAGAGUCCCAUCUCCACGCCCAGAGGGAACAUUCCUAGAUAAUAGUGCCUCAAACAGAAUACCUUCGCUACCAGCAGAAAGUAGUAGUGUAACAAGCCACUCAAAGAGACAAACGGCUUUUGAUCCCUGGAAAAGUCCUGAAAAUGCUCAUUCUGAGCAACUAAAGGAAAAGGAAAAGCAAGGGUUUUUCAGGGCAAUAAAAAAGAAGAAAAAGAAAUCUCAAUCUACAGAAUCCACCAAGGCGGAGAAUCCAAGCAUCAAGAAAUCACUCUUUCCUCUUUUUAGUACAAAGAAUCACUUAAAGCAUAGCUCUUCUUUGAAAAAGAUUCCUGUAGUCACUCUACCUAUGAUGCCUGGGAGUGAUAGUCAGGAUCUUUUGGCAUUACAGAAAGCUAUGCACUCAUCUAAUCACCCUGGCAGCAGGCAGAAGGAUUGGCAUUGUGAUAAGAUGACAGAAAUCCAAAGUCAUAGCCAGCCUUUAAAAUCCCUCCGCAAGUUGUUGCACCUUUCUUCAUCCUCAAACCAUUCAAUUCCUUCUGAACCUCGAUUCCAGCCCUUACCAAGUCAGCCAACUAAAGCAUCUUUUUCUGAAGUUCGAAUUCAUCCUAUAAGUCAAGUUUCCUCCAGUAGCAGCAGCAACCUACGGCAGGAGUCCCAGUCGAAAGGCAGAACCACACUCCAGAUCCCGGGCCAGAUGGAACCCAGUUGGCAUGUUUCCCCAGUGAACAGGAGUGCCAAUGAUGGGACUUCAUACUCUGAUCAGAUGCCUUCUAAGAGUGGGCAAAAUGGUCAUACUUAUAACCGAACAAAUAGAUCCCGAAUGCCAAACUUGAAUGAUUUGAAAGAGACAGCUUUGUAAUAAUACUCCAAAAAAUGCUAUUACAGGGAUUUUAUCAGAGGGCAUGGCAGUGCUGGUGAUCGUGGUGGUAACUGAAUUCUCAGCUUAAUAAAAGGUGUGCAAUAUUGAAUACAUGGAGCUACUGUUUGGUACCACACCAAUAGGGAACUUACAGUGAAAUUAAGUUUAUUAAUUGCCAUUCAUCUAAUCUCAUGACAAAAGAAUGUGCACUUCAGGGAGAAUGAACUUUUUUGCCCUUUUCUCUCAUUUUACAUUCCAGCUUAGUGCACAUCUCUGUCUGUAUAGGCACUUCGGUGAGUUGAAAGGAAUGUCUUUAGACCUGUGCCCUUAUGAGAAAAAUAUAUUGCUGCCUAGAUUUAAUUUUUUUAAAGAAAAACUGUGGGGUUUAUGUGAAACACUUGUAUCCCUAAUAAGGGUUUAAAGUUAAGUUGUAUGUUUUUAUUUGUUUUUUAAACUUCCAUAUUUGAUAGGAUUUGUAAUAUUUAUUUAUGAUCUACUAUUGUAUUGUUAUAAUCAUAUCUCAUGUUACAAUGUAUAGUUAUUUUGAGCUGUUUGAAACAUUGUGAUGCAGUGCAACAGCUACAGUAGUUUCUGUAAAAACUAACAUACAUAGAUUGCAUCAGGAGUAUUUUAUUAUAUACAUAAAUUAUAUAUAUGAAUAUAUAUAUAUAUAGAUAUAUAUAAAUGGUAAAUAACUGUCUUUUUAAAAAUAUACUCAUUUAAAAGAAAAGUAUUGUUAUGACACUAUCUGCCAUAUUUUUAUACAUUUGUGAUAUAAAGUGCAGUAUUAUACUUCUAAUAAAAGGGAACUAAAUGUGGAUUGAAGUGUGAACUGUAAGAAGUUUUGCCCAGCUAGUACUAGAUGCAGUGUCAUUGGUGACAAACAAAAAUACAAUAGUAAUUCUCAGACUUUGCUCUUAGCUUGUUUCUGCAGGUAAUGGCUUAUCAAAAAUCGAAACCCUUAAAGUCAAUUGAAAAGUGAUAUAUUUUCCCCUAAAUGUAUGCUUAGCUUUUCCCAUUACUCUUAAUGGAAGAUAGGCCAUCUGCAUUAUCGUGGUAGAAUCCCACCUUGUUACAGUUGUCCAUGCAGAAAAACUAACCUGUAACAAGUUAACACAGAUCCUCUUCUGUUCAAUAUGUGAGGUGAAGACCAAAGAGUCACAGCAUGAGUUGCAAGUGGCAAGCCAAAGUUGGCACGACAUAGCACUGUAAAUCAUGGUGAAAGGUUUUAGGCCUCUAUGUAUUCUUCUUUGCACUUUGCUUGAAAUUGUACCGACCAGAAAGUAAAAUAUUGUAUUUAAAUGUAAGAGAGGAUGUGGCACUUCAAUUUUGUUUCUGAGAUUUAAUAAAAAACUGUGACAUAAUAUUUGAAUAUGGGAAGCAACACUUUUCCUGCUAAGUUUGAUUUCCCCUUAUAUCACUUAUAAGAAUAUCUAUGUGGACAUUAAAGCUUCACUCUCUUCAGAGUGCUGGAUGUUUUCUAAUUUCCUAUAGAACAUUAUUUUUUAAAAAAAUCAAGUGGACUUAUAGCAGAGUGUAUGUAGAGUCUAAUAUUCCAUUUGCUCACAAUUACUAUAACUCAGGAAAAAAGAUAAUUGGAAAAAUGUUGGCACAUUAUGGAGCUUGUAUCAAUAAAAAAAGAAUGAGACAAUAGUGUCAGAACAAUACAUGUUUUAAGUCUUAACUCCUCAGACUUACACAACUCCAAGCAUAGCUUAGUCAACUAGUUGUCGUUUUUCUAGCAGUUUACUGCUUUGUCCUCCAAAAGAUUACCUGAAAAGCAGAAACUGUUGCUGGUUUAUGCAGAUAUUUAGAUGUACAGAUGAAUGGAAGAGAUGUACUCUUAUCUUUGUAGUACAUUAAAGAUAUAUGUGAAUUUUUAAAAACAGCAGCAUCAGCAGACUUCAUAGCAGGAACAAAAUGUUUUUCAUUGCAAAAACCGAAAACUUGAGUUGGAAGGAUAGUAUAUGUGUCUGUUUCCUAUUUAGAAAACAGGUAUUGGAACAAUACAUGAAAUAAUGAGUGUGUUGUGGGGAAAGCUCAGUGAGGAAUAUGAGACCGUAUGAUGGCGUUUGUUUAAUAACUGGGUGUCAUUGUGUCAAUUGGAUUACUAGAGUAUCUAUCUUCUAACAGUCUCCUUCACCCACCCACUGCCCAAAUAGUCCUUACUAUUUGUUUUGAGACUGCGGCUCUGAGCCGUACUGUUUGUGUUACACUAGUUGUAGCUGUUUAAUUAUCGCUAUACCCCAUUUUGAUUACUAAUACUUAUUACACUGCAAGCAAUUUGCACACACAAUUUUUUUUGUAAUGCUAUUUCUAGCUCGUAUGUGCUGAAGCCCUCUGCCUUGAAAAUAUUUAGCAUCAAAUUUAAGUAUAUCAGAGAAUCAUUAAUUGUAUUGUUGCAUUUAAAAUUAGUAUUGCCAUUUUCAAGGAUAAACCUGGAAGUAUCUGUCUGACUUUCAGGAGAGAGUCAAGAAAUAAUAUAAUUUUCUCUUUUUGUUAAAAUAAAAACCGUACAUCAUGCUUGAACACACACAGUUUCCAAUCUGUUAAUAUAAAGAGUAAGUCUUAUUUCAAAAGCCUUGCACUUAAUUUGGUUUAUGUAGCCAACUUGUAAUAUGUUAGACUUGUAAAUAUGCUAAGACAUCCAAAAAUCUUAUUAGGCUAAUGGAGAUUUGCUAGCAUCCGAAGAAGAGCAAAGCCUAUUACACAUUAAACUAUUAUUGAAGUGUGAGCUUUUCUCUUCGCUGUGAUUAGAAAAGUAAUUUGCUGUACUCUCUGUAGCUUUACCAAGGAUAGAGCAGCUAAACUUAGGUAUGUGUUUUGCUCUCUGAUGGUAUUCCUAGUGUAAAAAAAUCAGUGUCGUGUAUACUACUGGAAGGCAGCAUACAUUUUCCUGUGGGAUUGUAGGGAUAUUUUUAAAAGGGGAAAUAAAACCUUGAUAUAUUUAACAAUAUCUGUGGAACAAAUCUUUGAUACUUUUGGAAAAUUGUCCAUUCAAUAGCAUUUCAUUUGAAAGUGCCCAUAUUCCAAUAAAAUGCAUCAAAACUGGCCUAAACAGUUUAUUGAAAGUAGAAUUUGGUUUCCAAAUUGUAAACAUGCUGCUGAGAUUUUUUAUUUUGGUAAACGUUGAUGAUAGUAAAAAGAGAAGCAAGUUUAAUUCUGCUUGACUCUCAGUGUGGGGAACGAGCAUAUUUUAAAGGGUUUUUUAAAAAAAACAACUAAGCCGUGUUUAAAAUUUGAAAGAUUACGAGAUUUAUGACUGAGAUCUAGCAUGUUUAGUGCAAGAGGUUUGAGAGCUGACAUUGCACAAGCAUUAGUGAACAAGCUUAACUGUGACCAUCUAUAAUAAUAAGGGCAGUUGUGCUAGUUGUCCUCAAGCAUCAGUCACCCACUGGAUUUGGCUGUUGCACUACACUGCUAAUGAGACUCCUACUAGCAGACUGGCUUGUCACGUGAGCAGGUUGCCACAAUUGGAUAUCUCCCUUUUUUUAAAAAAACAACACACUACUUUGAGCAACAGACAAGAUCACUGGGGAAGGGCAAUGGCAGUCACUCCUUGUUUCUUGGAUUUGGCAUACAUUUUUUCAAGUAUUUCAACCCAGUACUUUUUAACUUCAACCCAAGAUCAGGAGGUAUAGUUUUCAGGUGUGGUUGUUUUUUUUAAAUGUUCUGUUUUUAAACUCUAUAUCAGAAGGCUUCCCAUAUAAAUCCCCAAAUAGUAUUGGGAUCCCGAUUUGUAACUAUUAUUCUUAUUCUUACUAUUUUUCAAAGAUCAUUAAUGUCCCAGAAGAGAAGUACUGAUACAAUCUUUAAUAUUUCAUUUCGGUUUUGUAUAGAAACAGAGUUAUUAAAAUGUUCUCUCUUCCAUUCCGCCAUUGCCCCCACCACCAUAAAAGUAUGAGUAAUCCACAGUUUCCAGCUGCCUUAAAUAUAUCCAACUUUUAUUUUUACACUGUAUGGUAAUUCAGCUAAAACUGAAGGCAUUUGUAAAAUAACCAACAGAGAAGAACCAGGAAUCUAAAUAUUUUAAGGUUCCUGUUUCAAUACCAAAUUGAAUUAUGACCGAGAGCAAAUGUGAAAUUGGCAGAGAACAGGUAUAUCUGUGUCACAUUUCUAUUUGAGUAUUGGACUAGUGUGUGUUUGUUUUGCUCUGAGGCAGAAUAAUAAAACUUAGUCAGACUUUUGCCUAAAACACUCUCAACUGAGAAUGUGAAUGUGUAGCCUGACUCUUGCAUAACAGUAAUGUUUUGAUAAGUUUUUGUGUAUUUGUUUUGUGUGGUGGCGAAACUAUUCAGGCAUUAGAUGAACAUGCACAGGGAAUGUACAAUGGUUCUGUCUUAUAGUGUAGUUAUUUGAGCUAGGCUUGGUGUAUGUUGCAAGGAAAGCAUAUUACAGUAGUCUUCAAUAAACAUUCAAACAAUCUAUCAAAGUAUCUGUGAAAUUAAGAGAUUAUUUUAGAACAGCCUUUCUCAACCUGGUUCCCUUCAGAUGUUUUAGGGUACACGUAAAAUCAUCCCUUGCUUUUCUGGAGCUGACGAGAAUUGCAGGCCUCAACAUCUAGAAGGCACAAGGUUGAGGAAAUGUUCUAGAAGAAAAUGUGCCUUUCCAUAUCCAAAUUCAUUCUGUUCAUUUUUUUAUUAUUCUAGCUGGCUCACACACGAGACUUAGUAGCAGAUAAGGACAAAAGCCAUUUUUCCUAGUCUCUAGUAUAAUCCAGCUGCUCUUUAAGAACUUUUAAUACAACACAGUUGCAUCCCGACAAAUUAUCAAAAUAAAUUAAUGUAUCUUGAUUUCCCAGUGAAUUCUCUUCAUUCAGCUGCCGUAACAAUAGUGUGAGAGCCUUUCCUCACAUGUCUGCGUGUGUGUGCUCACACAAACACAUUUACCAAUAUUCUGCAUUAUAGAAUAAAAGUACCAGGAAAAACAAAACUGACCAGUUUAUUAACAAAACCCUUAAAGGAAUUUUAUGUGUUAGCUGAACACAGUUCCAUUUACUUUGAAGAGUAAUGAAUAAAAGUUGACGUCACUCGCUUCAGAAUAGCGGUGUAGAAGAUAUGCCCACUCCUGUGAAGUUUACCAUUAAAUGAGCAGUGCUUCUGGGAAAUGUAGAUUAAGUUCAUUCAGCCAAAUAAAGGUGACCAAGCUCUCUUAAACAAGCUGUUGCAACACAGUACCAUUGCGUCUUGUGGCUGUUCGUAGAGCAUGUUUACUGAAUGUAUAGCUAAAUAGUUGUACACAGUUGUUGUUUGCUAGGACAUUGCUCAACACAGGACUUUUCAGUUACCUCUCUUGGUCAGUUAAUUACAAAUUAUAAUAUGGUGUUGGCUUUACUUUCUUUUUGAAGAGUCUUUCGGGUUUUUUGGUCAGGAAUGGGUAACCUGUGGGUCUCCAGAUGUUGUUGAACUACAACUCCCAUCAACCUUGGCCAAAUUCCAGCAUGACCAGUGAUCAGGAAUUAUGAGUUGUAGUCUAACACUAUCUGGAGGGCAACAGGUUCCCCAUACCUGUUUUUAGACAUUGCUUAUAUUAAUUUUAAGCUGCUCAGUGCAUGCCCAUCGUUACAUUGCUUUAAGGUCUUCCUUUAUUUCUUUAUGCUGGAUUACCCUUUUUGUUUUGUUUUUCGCUCUGGGGGGCGGGGGGGGCGAAGACAUGAAAAUAUUUAAUCUCCCAUUCUGAAACAGCCAUUGUUAGAUUUUGUCCAGGGUGUUCAUUUGCUCAUUUAUUUGCUAGAUUAUCCGAGACAUGCAUUUUUAACUCUCAUCAUAUUCCAGCAUAACCGUUAUCUUAAAAGGUGCUUAAAAAAAAAUAGUCCACAGGAAAUAAUGUGGAAAAUACAUCAUGUGGGAGUUAUUUUUGAAGAGUCGGUAAAAUGCAUGAUGGCUUAAGAAAUGUAUGGAACAUCACAAUUUAAUAUUUGCAAAUAGGAGAUGUGUGCUAAUUCUAAGAUUGCAAAAUAUACAUUGCUGUAAUGAACUCUAGUGGGAGGACUUAGAGUUCAUAAGUGGUGGAGAAUCUACCCCCUUUAGAUUCUUUUUCUCCAACCUCAGUGUUAGAAGAAUUGAAGUGAAGGACAUACUAAUUCCAUAGUAGUACAUUUUAACCUUUAAAUUCAGGUUCUCUGGGGAAGGGGGGGAAUGCCAAAUAGAGAUCUUCAGGGGGAAAUAGCUUUGACUGGCUAUUUAAUAUACUGUACUGUAUUUAGAAAUCCAGGACUGCUGAGAUCUCCACUGUCAAAAUAUUGAAUAAGAAUUGUGGAUGAAAAAAUGGAGAGGAUGCCGCUUGGAGAAGUUAAUAGCUUUAGGAAAGUCAAGGAAAACCCAAAAGAUCUCAUUAAAAAGGCAGAUUUCUAGGCUUUUGAAGCAUUAUAGGUAAAGAUUACCCGCUUUCACUAUCCCUUUUUUAGAAAAUCUCAGAUGCUCUAACUUAAAAUCAACCUUGCUUUCUGUAAUGAAAAAGACGUUAUGUAAAUCUUUGAAUUAAAACUGACUUUGAAAAUACGUUGGAUAUUUGAAGAUUUCAUUCCGAGUUGAUAAACCAUCUGUAAAGUGUUUAUAGAACUCUUUGUAUCAUGUUGUGCUUACACCGUAUCAGAUUGCUUUCAGGCAUGUAUUCCAUUUUUAACUCCUGUAUAAUUUUUAUUGUUUAUGUAAAUAGUAUGAGAAAGAGAGAGAGAAAUGAUCCUAUGUUUAACCUUUAAUUAUCAGCAUGGGAAUUAUUCAUUUUUACUGAGCACAAUGUAUUUUUGAAUGGGCCUUCCAAAACAUGUCUUUAAUAAAAAUGCAGGUUUUGCACUAGAAAACUGAGGUUGUCAUCCCUCCUGUCCUCAAAAACAUUUCGUGCAUCUGUAGGAAGUUUCCUUCAGCCUUGCUGAUCUUUUAUUUACCCUUCUGUGCUUAGCCUUUUUUGAACCUCUAGCUACUUGAAUGUAUUUGCCAAGAAAUAUUUUUGACCUGCCUGAAACAUUUAAAUGAUACCAGUUUAUUUACAUUUACUUUUGAGUUCAGAUAGUACCUGUUUUAUCUCAAAUGGACAGUGGCUUGCUUUUGGACAUAGCCGUAUAGCUGACAUAAUAUGCCAGUGCUCCCAGAGGUCACUAGAAGAAUCUGUCCUGGAAAAGAAUAUCAAAGUACUGUAUACAGAUACGUGUCAGCAUCAGAAUACUAGUGUUCUUUUUGAUUAAACUGACUUCUUUGGUUUACGUAUGGCAAGGCUAGUGCUGACCAUGAAUCUCAGGUGAGGACUCUAAAACACUAGUCCAGACUUGAGCAUAAUGUUCACAAUUCCUUUUCUGUAUCUGGGAGAGCCUUUUGUUCUCAAUAUUUUCUUCAUCUCUUUGUCAUCCUCUGCUUCAUUGAGAAACAACUAUUGCUCUCAACAUUGGUUUGGAAAAGUGUCAGCUGAUGUAUGCUCUGUGUUUCUAACAGAUGAGCCAAUUGCUUGUGGUAGCGAUGCCUUGUUGCGUAUUAAACCAUCUAGUUAGUUGAAAUCUUGGUAACUGCCAUUUCAAAUGGUUUGAUCUUGGUCAAUGGUUUGUGUUCCACAUCAUUUCAAUCAUUUGGAUAUACUGUAUGUUUGAAGUUUUCCAUUUCCUUUAGGUAUCUCUAUUGCUUGUUGCCGUCACCUUUUUGGGAUUUUGGUGUGUUUAAUAAAAUGCAUUAGCCCGGGGUGACAGAUUUCCAGUACAGCAUUUAGAUAAUUCCUUCUUUGUAAAUGUCUUAUGGAAAGAAACACCCACCUUUUGUCCUCUAUAAAUGGCUUUGGGUGCAGAUACUUCUGUCCCAUAAAGAUUUCUUGCUUUCUAAUUUGACUCCACACAUGUGGAGAAAACUUGGUCACUCUUUUCUGCCAGAAACUGCCCAGUUACUGAAGACAAUAAAAUAAAUGGAUGGUAUGAGCACACACCAAAAAGCCAAGUUUAUCCUAGGAACAGCUGUGUGUGAGAGAGAGAAUUUUGAGCUUCUGGGUUGACCUUUUCAGUAACAAGAAGAGUGAGAUCUCAAUGUAUCUGUGAAAACUGAAAGGAGGCAAAUAUGAGUUGGUGCCUGAUAAUCUGUUCUCUAGGAACAUUGGGCUUCCCCAAGUCUGCAACCAGAGUUCCCUUUUAAUUGGAGAUGCUGUGAG